CGCUGUACAAUUCUCAUAUGGCUCUGCAUAUCUGAUAAGCUUAGGACUCAGUAAACCGCUAAUGUCGCUUGUGUGGCUUUCCGGACCUAUAUCAGGAGCCAUUGUACAGCCAUAUAUCCUUCUUUGCAGUGACAGAUGCGAGUCGAAAUGGGGUCGGCGAAGACCAUUCAUCGCGGGAGGAGCAACAGCUAUCGUGAUCUCGUUAAUUGGCUUAGCCUGGUCAAAGGAAUUGAUUCUCGGCUUGGCUUCCGUCUUUGGAAGUGAACAGGAAGACAAGAUCACUGCAAGUACCACAGCAGCUACUGCAGUGUUGUUUGUAUUUGCCCUCAACAUAGCAGUACAGCCAGUACAAGGAGGUCUCCGUACUUUGAUUGUCGAUACUUGUCCGAAGGAACAGCAAGAAUCCGCCAAUGCUUGGGCGGGUCGAAUUAUCUGUACUGCGAAUGUUUCGAGCUAUGUAUGCGGUUAUAUCGAUCUUCCCUUCUGGUUUCCCUUCCUUGGAGAAACCCAGUUCAAAGUUCUAUGCGUUAUUACCUCGAUCCUACUUGUGGCAUCAGUUGGCUUAACAUGUUGGUCGGCCAAAGAGUCUCCUGCAGCAACUCUCGAAGCAGGUCUUCGUGGUGAUAUGGGGCUAUUUCGGAAACUUACUUAUCUUACUACAAGCUUUCGACGUCUACAUCCUGAGGUGAAAAGAGUCUGCGCGACACAGUUCUUCUCUUGGAUGGGCUGGUUUCCGUUUCUAUUCUAUAUCAACAUCUAUAUUGGCGAGAAGUAUUUAGAUAGCUCUCCUACACACUCAUACUAUUCGCAGGCGCCCAUAUCCCAGGCCGACAUGACGACGGCAGCUCGAACAGGUUCCUUCGGCAUGCUCAUGUUUGCUAUCAUCUCCCUGAUAUCAGGAAUCGCCAUACCACUUCUUAUCCAUGCUACGGACCGCACUCAACACCACCCUCGUGAGCCGCGCUUAAUGUCCACAAUUCUUGACACUAUCUUCACGUGGACCAGCAGCACACGCCGAUUAUGGAUGCUGUCACAGAUACUGUACGCAACGUGUAUGCUAGUAACCCUUGUUGUUUCCUCUCUUGUAGGGACUUUUAUACUUGUUGGCUUGGCUGGUAUAAGCUGGGCAGUCACCAUUUGGGCUCCAUUUGCGAUUAUCAACACAGCGAUAUUGUCAGACGCUGAUGACGAGAAUGAGGAAACUGGAGGCGAUAACUAUGAACGAGGGAUGGGUACAAUCAUAGGGCUACACAACGUUGCGAUUGCCGUGCCGCAAAUAGUGUCGGCUUUGGUCUGUGGAUUUGUUUUCUGGGUUUCUGAGCGGCUUGGGUUUGAGGAUGGCGUUGGCUGGGUCUUGAGAAUUGGAGGAAUCUCUGCGCUUGCGGCAGCCUUCCUGACAACACGCCUUAACUACGGUAACGAAAACAGUGAAAUGAUUGCGACGGAAGAAUAUAAAUUAGAAGAGAUGGACCAGGCUUGAUGAGGAUGAAAGAUCAGCCGUUCAUAUAGAUCAGUUUCUGCAUAGAAAUGUUCAGCUUUUCAUGAUAAGGCACUUAUCGAACAAAGUUUUGUUCAAUCAUGAGCAAUGUUUCUGUCUACCUCUCGACCUUUGAGACAGACGGUACCGUCUGUCUCGCCACUGUACUAGAGCGAGUUGAAUGGCCAUGUUCAUUGCAGGGCACAAGAGACAAAAG